AGCCAAAACAUUUCGUUCGGCACAAUGACCUGAUGGAUAGGGAAAAGAAUGAAUGCCUUGCGGUAUUGUUUUGUAAUUUAUAUUCUCUCAGGAUCUAUCCUCUGUGAAUUAAGCAAAUGUACACUGAAUCCUGACCACACUGAGGAGAUCUGUAACGGUGGAGGUUCUUUCUAUCGUAUCGAAAGCUGUCGCGAGAGGCAUGGAGAAUCAGAUGUCAAUAUACCUGUAACACCAAAACCAUCCAGGUCUGCUUGGCUCAUUGAGACAGAUGAACCCAAAAACAACCGAUCUGUGAUACUGAAUAUAAUUAAGUUUUCACGACUGUGUGGUAAUAUGAAAUUGUAUAUUUAUGAUGGAACCUCAGUACGAUCACCACUUAUUGCCAUAUACAGUAACCUUAUCAAAGCAAGGACCAGAGAAAAGCCUAGUCCACUUCUUCAAGCAACAUCUGGAUCUGCACUUAUUGUUCUCAGCAGAAGAAAUGACAAAAUAGAUGAUUGUUGCUUUGUCAUUAAGUACAGUUUUGAGGAGAAGUGCCCCAUAGAGUGUGGCAGGCAUGGUCUAUGUUCAAAAGGGAUUUGUAAUUGUAGUGCUGGGUGGACGUCCAGAAACUGCAGCUUACCAACAUGUCCAGUUGUAUGUAAUAAUGGCUCAUGUGAUGCCAAGACCAGGAAGUGUAACUGUGCCAGUGGAUAUUCAGGAGAAUCAUGUAAUAUCACUGAUAAUAGGAACUUUUGGAGCUCACCCGUGGCAAAUAACCAAGAUGCUUUAGAUGGUGUUUCUUCUCAUGCUAUGGCUGUAGUUGGAAAUUACAUAUGGGUUUUUGGUGGAUUUUCUUUAUCAAAAGGACCCCUGGAUGUAUUAGCAAGAUACAAUAUAAGAGAGAAUAGAUGGGAAAUUAUUCAAGCUUCAACUGAAAAACAUCAACGACCAUCAGCAAGAUAUGGGCAUUCAUUAGUGGCAUAUGAUAAUCACCUCAUCUUGUUUGGUGGAACUUGCAAGAAAGGAGCUGUUUCUAAUGAAACCUGGAUAUUAAACACUACAUCAAGGCAGUGGACACUGUUAAGAAGUUCAGUUUAUAAACCAGUGGGUGUAUCAGGACAUACAGCCACUGUUGUUGAAAAUGAGAUGAUUGUUUUGUUUGGAUAUAAUCCUGAACAAGGGGUUUCAAACUUGAUCCAGGUAUUUGGGCUUGUGGACAGAGUGUGGAGAUCAAGUAAAGUAGACUCAUCUAUCGUCAGACCCACCUAUGGUCACAGCAGUGUGCUUCACCCAGGUACAGGACGUAUUUAUGUACAUGGUGGUUACAGAAUGCUUAACAGCUCCUGCUACAGAGCAUCCAGUGAAACGUUCUACUAUGAGUCCAAGGCUGGAAAAUGGUACCAGCUGCGUAAUAUUGGUAUACCAAGGUUUCUUCAUUCAGCAGUCAUUAUUGAUAGCGCAAUGAUCAUUUUUGGUGGCAGAGGAGAGAAGGAAUUGGUAUCGCGCCACCUGAUGGUGUUCGACAUUAAUGAAAUGAAAUGGAAAUUUCCAAUCAAUACUACUGUACCAAAGACUGCGUCUCGUUAUGGACACUCAUCUGUGGUUGUUGACAGCAUCAUGUAUGCCUUUGGUGGAUUUGCAGGACUUAUGUUUAACUCUUUCCUUCAAUAUUCCCAAGGAGAUUGUAUGUCACCGGGAUCUUCACUCAACUGCUUUGAAGCAUUCCCUACCCCCAGUGUUCUUUUAAAACCGCUUGUUUCUUCAGAUUCAUGUACGUCCCGUAACCCUAGCAGCGACCAGUGUCAUUUGCGGCACACUUGUGCAGACUGCCUUAGAGGAGAUUCCGAUGACAGCUGCCUGUGGUGCGAAACUCUAAACCAGUGUGUGUCAAAAGUCACCCUUCGUGUCACGUUCCCAUAUCAGCAGUGCAUGCAGAUACUUGAGCGUGGCACUGGUGCAUGUUCAGAUUUACAGUGUGCGAAUGUGAAAACUUGCCGUGACUGUUCAAUGCUCCCUGGGUGUGGUUGGUGCGAUGAUGGGUCUGGGACUGGUUCGGGGAGGUGCAUGCCUGGGGGCAAGAAUGAACCCUUUCUGGGAAGUGGAGACUCUUAUGCCGACUGUUCGAAGUCACGCUGGAAUUUUAUAAACUGUCCAGCUUGUCAGUGCAAUGGCCAUAGCAAGUGCGUUGAGGGAAACCGGUGUGAAAACUGCGAGGAUAAUACUGCUGGUGCCCACUGCGAACGAUGUGCUGAUGGGUAUUAUGGAGACCCUAGGAAUGGAGGGAAAUGUGCAGGACUGCUUGCAACUUAUAAGUUCCGCUCCUAUUGCAGAUGUUCUUCCCAAACUAAGUUGUGUGAUUCUGAAGGCAAAUGUCGAUGUCUUGCCCUCGGCGCCACUGGUAAUAGGUGUGAUAGGUGUGUGCCUGGUUAUAAUCGUGGAGGUGACUUCUGUUACUAUAAUUUUCUUGGAUCUAAGAAAGAUUUUAAUGUAACAGGAUUCAAGACUUUCAAUUUUGAGUAUACACUCAAAGAGGAAAAACGUAGUGUUUCUGUGGAGAUUAAGUGGAAAGGUGGCAACAAAGGAUCUAAGGCGAGGGUGAACAUAACCAUGGGCGAUAAUAAUGAAGAGGAAAUUAAAUACGGUCAUGAGAAGGUUCCAUUCACGACUGAGUUUCGCUAUAAUGAGUAUGAGUUCGGUUCUGAUGGGAUUACUAUCAGAGGUUACAUAUAUGACAUCGAGUCUGGUGAUGAAGGAGCCUUUCUUCGUAUUACUAUCGAAAAUCUGGCGGAAACCAUUGAUCUCCUGGAGUUCUUUCUGACGUUUUUCGGCUGUUUCCUGUCGUUGCUUCUCAUGGCCGGAAUCGUGUGGAAAGUGAGGAAUCGCUACAUCUCUUACAUCCUGAACAGGCAACGACGAGAGGAAAGACAAAAGAUGGCCAGCCGUCCAUUUGCUAAAGUGUCAGUUUUCCUUCAUGCUCAUAAUAAGUCCACCCCUGGACCUGUUGCUGUGGAAACCUGUGAAAAUGGCAAAGCGUCCGUGCUUACCGUUCUUAUGAGGUUACCUGGGACUGAGGAUGGCUUAACUCCUAUUGGCCAAAGUGGUCUGUGUUUCGCGAGUGUGUUAGGGACCCACACGGAACAGACAACGAGUGCCCCGGCACCGAAGGCUACACGAAUUAGGACCACCAAGCGAUGUGCCUCAACGUGCGUAUAAUCCGAGAACAAAGGUUCAAAUGUAGAUGUGAAUUACUUUGCCUGCUACCUUGCAAGGACUUUUUAGGAAACAAAUUUCCAAUUUAAAGUGUUUCAUGGCACGACUUAACUCGAACUUUGAAUAAGUGCGUUUGAAAAGAUUGUUGAGCAAUCGUGAAACUACGUAUCGAGAACCUUCAGUUAGGGAUUUUCUCCCAAUUCUGUCGAGGUAACAACUUAUGCUUAAUUUACUUGGAAUCUUAAACUCGAGCGCGAUGUAAACUGCUUUAGGUAUAUGCUUUAUAGAAAUGGUUGGACUGGGCUGCUCCUGAUUGUACAGAAAAGAUCAGGAUUCCUUCCCAUGAACACUCUACUUACUUCGCUCUGAUCGUAACUUCGACCUCGAGUUAUUUAGUUUCAUAGAUUGAAAAUUGGAGGAAGAAUUUGAUCUUGAAGUAUUGAGUUUAUAUUUUUAUAGAAAUUUGUAUUGAGUUUAAAAUUAAUUGCAACAGCACUUGUAAUUUCUCCCUUGCCCACUAGUUUAUAUUUAAUAGUAGUUUAUGUCUACUAGACUCUCUCGUCAGACUGUAACCUGGUAGCAACAGUGCAAGCGAACAAGUAAGACUUAUUACUUUUUUAUUCCAAGUUUUAUCCGAAAAAAUGGCGAGAUAUGUUUGGCGAAUUCCAAAGACUUUGGGUUGUAGUAAGAUACCUCUCAUUUUUUUAUUGAUAAAAAAUAGGAGAUAUUCAUUUAUUUAUAAGUUUGUAAAUGUUAAUUGAAUUGUUUAAAAAAAUUGAAAAAAAAUUAAGUUAAUGUUUUCAACGAAGCAAGACAUUGAAUCAAUUAAGAUAGAAUUAUCAGGAUUUUGUACAGAAAUA